AUGACGCGCGCGGACUACGGCGAAGACGCGCCGAGCUCGCCGCGCGUGCUGAAUCAGUGCGAUCCGUCGUCGACGGUCGUGUUCGAGACGAGAGACAGCGUGGGAUGGCGGCAGUGGGACCCGAAGCACGAGAAGAACCUGUGGGUGUCUAGACCCGCGGAUCGCGGCCCGCUGAGCGCGGUGGAGGUGGCGCGCAUGGUCCGCGACGCGCCGCGCGUGAAGACGCCGCCGCGGGAUCCCUCGGUCGCGAUCCCGGACGAUCGCCCGUUCCUCCCCGUGUCGUCGCUCCGGCCGGCGUACUACCCCACGGAGCGCGCCGCGCGCGCCUUCGCGGACACGUACGAGCGCCCGACGACCGCGGGCGCGACGGUGUACCGCGUGAAGCGCUUCGGACCGGGGGAGACCGGGGACGGCUUCGCGAGCGGUCGCCGGUCGUCUGAAUCGGCGUCGAGAUCGAGCUUUUCGCGUCGGCCGUCCACCGCGAGACUCUCCGAGUCCUCCGCGUCGCUCGCGGCGUACGUCAAGCUCGCGCGCGACGACGACGUCGAGCUCGACGCGCGCGCGAAGCGCCAGGUCCACGUCGCGGUGUCGGAGCGCGCGUACACUUCGCACACGGCGCGGCCGACGACGGCGCCGGCGUCGCGAAACGACGGCGGGUUCGCGCGGAAUAAGACGUCGCACGCCGCGCGCGCGGGCCGAAGCUCGAGCGGCCUUCGCGGGGAGUGGCGCGGCGCGCACUUCGCCGCGAGCGCGAAGGACGCCGUCGUCGUCGCGGAGGUGGACGCGGACGUUUCGCGCGGGGGCGGCGGCAGCGGGGGCGGGGUGGGGAGGUACGGGAUCGCGCGCGCGCUGCGGGACGCGAGCGAAUCGCACAAGGGCGACUCGACGCGUUGCCGGUCCCUGGGCGGGCUCACAGGAGGCGCGCCGAGGGAGAGGGAGCCCGCGCGCGGGACGUUCCGCGCGCGGGGGGGGAAACCGCGGCCGUCGAGCGCGUUCGUGCGCGAGGAGACGACCGCGGGGGAGGUGCGGUCGACGACGCGGCCGAUGAGCGCGUUCGUCCGCCGCGGCGGCGGCGGCGGAGAGACGACGCCGCGCUCGACGACGCGCGCGUCGGCGUCGACGUCGACGUCGACGCGCGCCGUCGGGAACGGCCUCGGCGGCGGCGGCCUCCCCGUGGACGACGACCUUCUCGCGACGCUCACGGUCACGCCGAGUAAGUUCUCGACGAAACCCGCGUCGCACCUCUCCGGGGGGGCGGGGUUUGGGGCGAAGAAGAGGGCGUCGUUCGCGCGGUCAGUUCGCCGGAGCGGUUCGCCGGCGUCGUCGGAGACGUCGUCGGCGUUCGCCGGGGACGGGGACGGUCGCCCGCAGGCGAUGAUAUCGUCGUCCGCGCACUUGAAGCGGGUGAAGGACAUCGGGAGUUCGCUCAACGCGCGACAGAUGCGGUGGGUCGCGCGGACGAUGGAGACGACGAGGAAGGCGAUACGGGAGGAGCGGUCGUACGGAGGGGAUUCGAGCGACGGGGCCGCGCGGGCAGCGAUGGAGACGUGA